AUGGGCGAGGAGUACGCGCGCUCUCCUUGCGAGCGCUUUCCGGCGGCGGGCGCGUUCAGCGUGGCCCCGCCGGAGCGGCUCAGCCCGCCGCCGCCCGCGCCGCUGCCGGAUCGUUUUUCGGCAUCCCCGCGGCGGGUGCGCCGGUGUGCCGAGGCGGAGCGCGCGCGGCGGCCGCGCUACGUGCCACCAGCGGCACACGUACCAGUAGAGCGGUACGUGCCGAGGCCGCCAGCACCAUUGCGGCCGCCGCCACCCGUAUACUGCGGCUUAGCGUGCCGGCCGCCGGCGCCUCGCAAGUGUUGUGGACCCGCGUGUCGCGAGGAUAUCGCAGGCUCGCCGCCCCCGACGCGGUACGUGGAGUAUGUCGGGGCUGCGGCCGCUCGACGGCUCGCUUGCACACCGCCGCCACCGCCUCCGCCCGCUCUCCAGCUGCCCUGCGAACCACAGGAACCGCCUUGCUGCGUGCAGGCUCGCAGGCGUCCGCAACCGCCGCAUGAUUGGUAA